AUGAACUCCUGCUGCUCUUCCAUUACUUGUUCUGUGUCGGUGGAUAUCGAAGAUGAGGGGUUCAUCACAAAGCGAUUUGUUCAACGAAAACGGGGAAUGUUUCGGCGAGCAAACAGCAUUGAAUCUCUCUAUGGACAACCCAAGUCCUCGUUUUCACGCCCUCUGCGGGUGAGGCGAGUCCUAUCGGACCCCCAGUCUGAUACCAAGUUGGAUGUCAUUGCUCCACCUUUGCUUGUACCACGGUGGGACAGCCAAAGUUCUCCCAAGCACCGCCGAAAGAGUGUUGACACUCCUCCGUCGACGGCUCGUCUGACGGUCAUGCGAUCUCACAGUAGGAGAAAGGUCCAAGACCAGGCUUCUCUUUCUCCACUCUCUCGCCAAUCGUUAUCUCCCGUCCCACAGCUCUGCCGCUGGGGAAGCGACACUCUGGUCAAAGAUUCCAAAACAAAGGGUCCUCCACAACCAGCCAGGCAGCUGAGUCCAAUGAGGGCACCAGCAUGCUAA